AUGAGUUUCCACUCGAAUCCUUUUCGCUUCCGAAGAUCUGGCAGCAAACCGCAGGCCUGGGCAUCCAUUCCCGCGGACCAGGCUGAAGGCGCGCUGGAGAAGUUGUGUCAGCCUCCCUUUACCCCCGAUAAGUUUCAAAGAAUCGCAGAUCUUCUGUUACACGUCGAUGCUGCUCGAACCCAAAACGAUGGAGUCCCAAGGAACUGGAAAUACAGACCGCGCAUCUAUACGGUAUUGCGCAACAUCGCUGCGGGUAACCAUGAAGUGUACAUGGAUCAGUUUGAGGCCCACCACUACGUCGAUUUCCAUCUUCCGUUCGAUAACCAAACCUUACCCAACUUCCUAAUCAACUCCGAGUUGAAGAUUAAUUUCCUCAACUUCCAACAUCAUGUGCUGAGUCCCGAAGCACGUUCGCUUGUAAUCGAAGGGGGAGAGCACCAACUCAUUGCAGGAAGUGCUGAUGCAUAUUUCUGGGUCCAGGAAGUGCUAGGACAAGGGGGGUUCGGACAGGUUGACAAGGUCACCAGCAAGCUCAGCUUUGCCAUCUUCGCACGAAAACGGAUUCCCCGGCGAAGAGAUUCGGCGAUGAACCUCAGACGACAAAAUGAUUUCAUCAAGGAGGUUGAAAUCUUAAAGAAGCUCUCGCAUCGCCAUUUGGUGAAUUACAUCGGCUCAUACACGGACAACAACUUCAUAGCCUACCUGAUGCGCCCUGUUGCUAAGUGUAACCUCCUUGAAUUCCUAACAUAUCUCGGAGACCCUCGAAAUGAAGGGAGAAGGAGACAUGUUCAGCCUUUCUAUGGCUGUCUUGCAAGCGCUAUCAAUUAUCUCCAUGACCAAAGCAUCAGGCACACGGACAUCACUACGCGAAACGUUCUUGUUGCCGAGCAGAACAAGAUCUACCUUAGUGACUUUGGGACCGCAACAGACUUCUCCCAGUCCGGCAGAAGCACUACGCAUGAUAUGCUUCCUAUCAGCAUUGAUUACGUUGCGCCAGAGGUUGCUCAUCGUCACAGAAGGAACAAAGCGAGUGAUAUGUGGUCAUUGGGAGUUGUUUACCUCGAAAUGACCACAGUACUACUCGGGAGCAAUCUAGCCACUUUCCGAAAUUUCAUGGCAAGGAACUCGAACAACAAAGACCAUUCACAAUCUAUCUGGGCAAACCUCCCAACAGCCUUGGACUGGCUGACGAAGAUCAUGUCCCCACACGUUGAUUCGGCCAAUGAAGCCAUCACCUGGGUCAAAAAUCUCUUACAGGAUGACCCGAAAAAUAGGUCAACUGUAAAAAACCUGAUGGUUGAUAUUCAGCAGACGCCGUCCUUCCGACAGUUUUGCUGCCUGGACUGUUGGGAUGAGUUCGAAGCUGGAGCCUUCGAGUUUCAAACGCCUUUGAACCCCGAGGGGUUCAAUGAGACAAUGAGAGAUGCCACUGCUGCUGAAGUAUCAGCGCGUGCUGCUGCUCUGUUUGAGCCCCAGCUCCCUCCAGCUCCGAUGGACGUGAAUCACUCACAAUCAAUCGAAAACUGGAUUACAGCCUCAACAGAUGCCACUGUUGACGUCGAGGAUAUCACACGCUCUUCUUGGGAGAGUUUGAAUAGCAGAACAGUGAACCGGCGGCUAUCUCUGGGAUCCUUCUCGGAGAGCAUGGACGAAAGCAUGGCUUCUUACACCACGAUCCAACAGCCGAAGAGAAGCCGCAGAACCAUGAGAGAACCAGCUUAUAAUCGAACGCCUGAAAAGUCCCGCAACGAAGAUAUUGCGCUUGGAUACAUUGUUGAAGAUGAUAGCAGUUCAGAUGAGGAAGAUCCGGUGGUGAAGAAGCAAGCAAAGCUUGCUGAUGGGUUCGUGAUCGAAGAAGACUCUUCAGGUUCUGAGGCUGGCAGCUGCGAAGCUACUGCCUCUUUACAACCGUCACCUCUGUACGAAGCCCCAUUUCGAUCACCCGUGCAAAUGGACAGCAAAACCCUUGAAGGUGCGCUUCCCUCGAAACUUGAUGACAAUAACCUUUGGGAAUCGAAGAACGAAGAUCUGGAUAGCUCUGAAGAGGAAGAAUACCUGAAUGAAUUGACCUUGGCCCCUCUCCGGAGUGUCGAUCGCAAGGCUUUAGCCAUGGACACUGGCAAGCAAUUGGUACUAUAUCAACAAAAUUCUGAUCAACAGAAGCCAGAGCCACAAGCAAUUUCAGACAGGCCUCAUAAGGAUCCUGAAACAGGGCAUACAAGCUCCCGUACUGUUGAUGUUUCAGUACCGCGGAAAUUGUAUCUAACGUGGCCAUCUGAUGAACUUGAGCAUAAAGAGCCCACCGACAAAGUUCCUGCGCCCGAAUGCCUACCGCCACUUCAAAUAGAGUAUCGAAAGGAGGAUCAGGACAUAUCUCCGUCUAUCUCCAACCACACCUUGAAUGGGGCCUUCCAGGAUGAUAUCUCAAAGGACUCGGGCAUGCAGCUGGUCAUCUCCUCCCAUAACCAGCAAUACUCUGAUGCAGCCCAUGAGACAUUGGAUAAAAGACACAUGAAAGAAGACGCAAUCUCCCAAGAACGCGAAAAAGGACAAUCUACAAAGCAGGUGGGGAAUGAGAAAAGUUCGCCAUCAAAGCAGUCUCAUGGAACCAAGAAGAUGGUCCGGUGGCAUGAGAAGUUAAUCGAGGAAUCCCCAGGAGGUAUGGACGAAGAUGAUGAAGCAGCAGCCCGCCGAGUGAAAGGUCCUCGUACAGACAAACAAGCUAGUGUAGAAGAUGCGAAAGAUGAGUCUGAAAUUGUGUCUGAACCAAGCGGAGAGCAGAGCCGGACAAACCAUGGGACGGAUGCAAAUGCAGGCCUCAAUCUUCCAGUGGAGCCUCUCAUGCUUAAUGGAUCUUCUUCCAUGGCGCUUGGAUCCGAAGAUUCAUCUACACCUGGAAAACAGAAAGCCAAGCCACCGAAGAAGGGGAAGAGGCAUGCAUCACAGCCAUCGAAGCCCAGAAACGUUCCGGAAAAGCCGGUUCAGAAACAAGAACGGACGAAGAGAGUUCCCAAGUCUGCGCCAUCACCCACCCUUUUCAUGGAGGAUGCGCGGAAGGCUGGUCAGCACGCCAAAAGCAUUGCAACGAGUCAAAUGACAUCGCGCACAAAGCAAGCCCUGGCUGGUUGGAACAUCAACCGGUGGGUGGACGAGACCAACAAGCUCCUCGAAGUCUUCUGCACUCGCGGUUCUGUCGGCGCCGUCCGCCAGCUGCUCUCACAGAAAUGCAACCCAGGUACGAAAGCUAAGCCGCGGCGAGGGCCGCUUCUCAACGCAAUCCGUGGCGCCAGUGCCAAGCAUAGCAAAAUAGUCAGGGCCCUUCUCGAAUAUCAAGUGGAUGUGCAUAUCGUCUCCCCUCGCCACUAUAACAAGACGCCGCUGCACCUGGCGAUUGAGAACAACGACAACGACGGCUACGUCAACAUGGUCUACGACAUGGUAUUCGCAGGCGUCGACCCCAACGCAAAAGAUCGCAACGGCGAGUGCGCCCUCGAGAAGAUCUUCAAGGGGCCCGAAUCGCGCGGACUUGAGAAGUACCGGUUAGAUGCACUGGCAUUGUUGCUACUAUCCGAGGAAAAGGGAGGGACGAAAGUCAAAAUCCAGGUGCCCGCGACGCGAGACACACCGUUGCACCUGGCGGUGCGGCGCCGCAGCCCCAUGGCGGCUGCGAUGCUUCUGCACAAAGGCGCUGAUGUCAAUGCUGUGAACGCAUCCGGUAUGACUCCUCUACUCUCUGCUGCCGUGAUGUGGAAGGGCGGCGGCAGAGGUGCGGCCUCGCAGAUGGCACCGGAUGAUGAGCAGAUGUUGGAUAUACUCGUGGCGCAGCCGGGCAUCAAAUUGGACGAGUUUGCCGGGACACAGCGCCGCACUGCGCUUCACCAUGCCGUUGUUUCUGGCAUGCCGCUGGCAGUUGAGAUUCUGCUUGACAAAGGAGCGGAUCCGAAACUUCGAGAUGCUGAUGGGAAAGAUGCACCGGGACUAGUGGCAUGGGGGAGGGAGAAGGAGACGAACGAUGAUGAGAAAAUACGCAUGCUUCUUAGUGAUGCACUUGGAAUAUAA